AUGCCAGCUCAACCGCUUAUUUUGUCGUCGAGACGAACGAUUUUGAUUGCCAUUUUGGCCCGUUACGAAGAGUUUCUUCAAAACUACCAGCCCGAUAGGGAUUCUAUCGAGGUGGAAACUCGUAUGGCCAAAUUUGACCAAAUAUGCAAGGAUUUGGAGAGUCUUCAACAGCAGCUGGAGGACAGUGCAACCACUGCUGAAGAGAUGACACACAAUGCCGCCCUUAGGGAGGAUUUUGAACGGCGCUUGAUUCGCGUUCAAUCGGCAUUGAAAGCGAAAUAUAGAGAAAUUCCGCGCAGCGAAGUGUCGCAGCAAGGAGCUGACAAGGUGAUCGCUGAUCUGCCGGCGCAUGAUGUUUCCACUCGUGGCUGGAACAUUCCUUCGGAAUUUGUUUUGGCUGACCCGCAGUUCGAUAAAUCAGCCCCGAUUGAUAUCAUCCUUGGUGCUCGUCAUUACGCUUCCUUCUUUACGAACGUAAAAUCGCACGAGCUUGCUCCGAACCUUCCAACUAUGCUGAACAGCGUGUUUGGGUGGGUCAUGAUUGGUCCCACCUCUCCUCAGAAUCCUGCAUCUACGACCGAUUGCACCGCCGCGUCCACAAUCGUCUGCAUGGCAUCCCUGGAGGAGUCUCUCGAACGCUUUUGGAAGCUGGAAGAGUUAAGCGUCAAUGAUUCGUACUCACCUGAUGAGCGGCGAUGCGAAACAUUGUAUAAAGAAACCACUCAGCGCGACGAAUCGGGUCGCUAUAUUGUACGAUUGCCCAAACAGACCGACUUCACGGAAAAGCUUGGCCUGUCUAAAACUACUGCUUUGAGACGCUUCGAGCUGCUGGAGAGGAGGCUAGAACGCAACCCACAGCUCAAGGAAGACUAUCAUGCCUUCAUGAAGGAGUAUUUGGAGCUGGGGCACAUGUCGCUCAUGAACAAAGAUAGUGGGGAUGAACAGGCGUACUACCUACCGCACCAUCCCGUAUUUAAAGCCUCCAGUACCACCACGAAAGUAAGGGUCGUGUUCGACGGAUCUGCAAAAACAAGCACCGGUUAUUCCUUGAAUGACAUUCUAUGUGUUGGUCCAAUCGUGCAGGACGAGCUGCUUGAUAUUGUGUUGCGAUUCCGCACCUACCAAAUAGCACUUGUGGGAGAUAUAGCUAAAAUGUACCGACAAAUAUUGCUGCAUUCUGAUGAUCGUCGAUUGGUGCGCAUAUUCUUUCGAUUUUCGCCGCAAGCUCCGAUCCAAGUAUAUGAGCUCAACACCGUUACAUACGGACUAGCACCUUCCUCGUUUCUGGCUACACGCACACUUAUCCAACUAGCAGAUGAUGAAGGGACUGAGUAUGCGCUUGCACCUGCAGCCCUGAAACGAAACUUUUACGUCGACGACUUCAUUGGUGGUGCCAAUAACGUUCGCGAAGCUGUUCAGCUGCGUAAGGAGUUAUCAGCGCUACUUGCCAAAGGUGGAUUUGAGUUGCGCAAGUGGACAUCAAACAAUCUGAGCGUGCUCUCCGGCUUAAGCACCGAGUAUAUCGGCACACACUCAUCGCUGCAUUUUAUACCCAACGAGACGGUCAAAGCACUCGGCAUCUCGUGGAAGCCUGAAUCGGAUGAGCUGUGUUUUGAAUCCAACACUGAGGCUGAUGAAGCCACGUCGACUAAGCGAUCUAUUUUGUCGAGCAUUGCCAAAAUGUACGAUCCGCUCGGAUUGAUAGCACCGGUGAUCGUGCGUGGUAAGAUGCUGAUGCAGGAGCUAUGGCUACUGAAAUCCGGCUGGGAUGAACCUGUUCCUAAUCACAUCUGUAAAAAAUGGAAGGCGAUUCAGAGCGACUGGAAAACGUUAUCCGAGUACAGGACUAACCGUUACGCUCUGUUACCAGAUGCAACAGUAGAAUUUCACACAUUUACUGAUGCUUCUGAGGCCGCCUACGGAGCAUGUGUCUACGCUCGUUGUGAAAACGCGGCGGGAGAAGUCCGCAUCAGCCUAUUAGCUUCGAAGUCUCGAGUGGCACCACUGAAGCGCGUCACGUUGCCGAGGCUUGAACUAAGCGCAGCUGUCCUGGGCGCCCAUCUGCAUCAUCGCGUCAAGGAGGCAAUGCAGAUCGUGUGCGCCGAAUCGUUUUUCUGGUCCGACUCAACAGUUACGCUAAAAUGGAUUGCGUCACCUCCCAACUCCUGGAAGACGUUCGUGGCAAAUCGCGUAGCUGAGGUGCAACACUACUCUCAUCCAAGGCAAUGGAGGCACGUUCCUGGCACAUCCAAUCCUGCUGACUUGGUUUCCCGAGGCAUGUCGGCAGCACACUUCACGCAGAAUCAGCUUUGGAAUAACGGUCCAGAUUGGCUUGUGCAACCUUCGUCCCAUUGGCCCAGCUCAGAUCCAGAACCAAGCGAUGAGGCGGACCUAGAAACACGCCAGGUGAGUGCCGCUUUAGUUUGUACACAAACUCAUCCAUGGUUUGGCAUUUCUUCAUCCUUCACUAGAAUGGUACGCAUCAUUGCAUACUGCAUACGGUUUGUGCGCAACACCAAGCAGAAGGCGCGAUCACAGCGACCGAUACCGCACACCAAUGCAUCCAAAACGAUCACGCCCAAGUACGUGGAUGCUGCAAAAACUGUGCUUUGCAGACUAGCCCAGCAAGAUGCAUUUUCCGCGGAAAUCAAGCAGCUUAAAAAGGGAGAAGCAUUGAUGAAACAAUCACCUUUACGAAAACUUACCUCAUUCCUGGAUACAGAAGAGGUAAUACGGGUAGGAGGACGAUUGAACUUGUCGCAACUACCGUAUCAGUCCAAGCAUCCAGCUGUUCUACCGAAGAACCACAAAUUCACUCGUCUACUUGCGGAAGAUUAUCAUGAAGAGAUGAAACAUGCUAGUGGAAGGCUAUUGCUAUCCCGCAUUAGAGAGCUGUAUUGGCCACUGGGCGGACGUCGCUUGGUAAAAAGCAUCGCAAGGAACUGCUUCCGCUGUAUUCGGCAAGAUCCCAUACUCGCCCGGCAGCCGGUUGGCCAGCUUCCACCAUCCCGCAUCACACCGAGCCGACCUUUUUCUGUAACCGGAGUGGACUACGCCGGUCCAUUCUACUUGAAGCCAGCGCACCGGAAGGCAGCAGCUACUAAGAGCUAUCUGUGCGUUUUCGUGUGUUUCGCUACGAAAGCUGUGCACUUGGAACUCGUAGGAGACCUCACAACGGCGGGAUUCUUAGCAGCGCUACGCCGAUUCACAUCACGACGCGGAUUGCCAGCCCACAUCCAUUCUGAUAAUGGGAAAAACUUCGAAGGCGCAGAACGUGAACUGAAGGAGCUUUUUGAGCUGUUCAACGACGAACAACACCGCAACACCGUGGCUACCAGAUGCGCUGACCGGGGAAUCACUUGGCAUUUCAACCCACCAAAGGCUCCACACUUCGGCGGAUUAUGGGUAGCAGCAGUAAAAACGGCGAAGCGACACCUCUAUCGUCACCUGGGCAAUACGCGGCUGUCGUACGAAGGCUACUGCACUGUGCUCCACCAAAUCGAAGCAGCGAUGAAUUCCCGUCCGCUGUUGCCUUUGUCCGACGAUCCCAACGAGCUAGCUGCACUCACACCGGCACACUUCCUUAUUGGCACAUCGAUGUUCGCCGUGCCUGAACCGGACUACACCCAGCUGAAAUCCUGCACGCUGGAUGAUCUUCAGAAGUGGCAGCUUUUGGUUCAGCGUUUUUGGAAGCAUUGGGCCACUGAGUAUCUACAAGAAAUGCAAAAAAGUUAUGCAAGUGGUGGCAGCAACAACAGCAACAUACUUCCCGGCAGGUUAGUGAUCCUCAUGGACGAAUCGUUACCACCACUCGUUGGCCUCUCGCGCGUAUCGUUGAAAUCCAUCCCGGUGAAGACAAGAUAG